UCGAAAUAAACUAUUAUUUUCAUCCAUGCUUAAAUUACUUUAUAAGAAUAUUUAUUAUAAAAUAAAAAAUCAUUAUAAAGAUUUUUUAAACAGAAGUUUCCAUAAAUAGACUAUAUUCCAUUUAAAGUAGUAAUUCAGUAUGGCAGCCAUCGUAAUAGAAUCAGUAUAUCUCAUGCAAGAAAUUUAAAAGAAAUUAGUGUAAAUAAUUAUGUAUUAAAAUUUAACAAUGAUAUUUGUAAAUUCAUUUCACCAAAACUUAGUAUCAUAUUUUAAGAAUUAUGCACAUUAUAAAUAUUUUAUUACCCGAUGCUCUUCAACCGGCGUAAAUUUAUUUUCGGAAAGCUAUCCUACGACUGAAGUAAAGAAACAAAUAGAGACGUAUUGGAGGGAUAAAAUUAAUUUGGUCAAAUAUGAUGAAACAGAUAAUGAAAAACAAAAAUUUUAUGUUUUAUCAAUGUUUCCUUAUCCUUCUGGAAUAUUACAUAUGGGUCAUGUAAGAGUUUAUACAAUAAGUGACUCGGUUGCUAGGUUUUACAGAAUGAAAGGAUAUAAUGUCCUUCAUCCAAUGGGCUGGGACGCAUUUGGUUUACCUGCUGAGAAUGCAGCAUAUGAAAAACAAAUAAAUCCUGCUGAAUGGACAAAAAAUAAUAUUACUAAAAUGCGAAAUCAAUUAAAUUUAUUAAAUUAUGGAUUCGAUUGGGAUAGAGAGUUUGCAACAUGUGAUUCAGAAUAUUAUAAAUGGACUCAGGUGUUAUUCUUGAAAUUAUUUGAGAAAGGUUUAGUUUAUCAGAAAGAAGCAUUUGUUAAUUGGGAUCCUGUUGAUCAAACUGUAUUGGCAGAAGAACAAGUCGAUGAAAAUAAUUGUUCUUGGAGAUCAGGGUCUAAAGUGGAGAAAAGAUUGUUGAACCAAUGGUUUAUUAAAACCGUUCCAUUUGCUGAGUCAUUGUUAAAAGGCUUAAAUGAUCCAACAUUAAAAGAAUGGAAAGAUGUUAUAAGCAUGCAACGGCAUUGGAUUGGUGAAUGCAAUGGCAUUAGUUUUGACUUUCAAUUAAUAUCAAAUAUUCGAAAUUAUCCAAAGACAAUAAAUGUUUGGACGAACUAUCCAGAAUUUAUUGAAUAUGCAACAUUUAUUGCUAUAUCUCCAAAGAGUUCGUUAAACAUGUUUGAAUAUUGUUCAGAUGAGAAUAAUGGAAUUAAAUUGAUAGAUGUUAAAGUACUGAAUCCAUUUAAUGGAAAGGAGUUACCAGUAUUUGUAACAGAUAAAGUUGAAUUUCAACAAUUUAGAGAUACUUAUCUUGGAAUACCUUCUAUUUCAAUGGAGGAUUAUAAGUUUUCCGAAAUAGUUGGAAUUCCUUUUCAACGACAUUCAAUAAGAGCUGAAGAACAGUUACAGAAAAAAUUAGAAAUAAUAUCCAAAGCUAAAGAAUGGAAAAUUGGUGGAUAUCCAGUUGGUCCAAGACUUCAAGAUUGGUUAAUAUCUAGACAAAGAUAUUGGGGUACUCCAAUUCCAGUUGUUCAUUGUUCAAGUUGUGGUGUUCAACCAGUACCGCACGAUCAACUUCCUGUUGUUUUACCAAAAAUAACAUUUUCAUUUUCAAAUAAAAUGCCUACUUUAUCGAAUGCUGAAGAUUGGUUAAACACUUCUUGCCCCAAAUGUGGAGGACAAGCAACUAGAGAAUCAGAUACAAUGGACACUUUUGUAGAUAGCUCAUGGUAUUUUUUAAGGUAUAUAGAUCCAAGAAAUACAAAAGAAAUGUUUUCAGUUGAUAAAGUAAAAAAAAUAUUUCCUGUUGAUUUAUAUGUGGGUGGUAAAGAACAUGCUGUAUUGCAUUUAUAUUAUGCCAGAUUUAUAAGUCACUUCUUGCAUUCAGAAGGAUUAAUACCCAGUUCAGAACCAUUUAAACAAUUACUUGUUCAGGGUAUGGUGAUGGGUAAGACUUUUAAGCAGAAGGAUACAAACAAAUAUUUAAUGGCAGAUGAAGUAGAAAAAAAAGAUGAACAAUGGAUAGAAAAAAGUACUAAUCAACCUGUAAUUGUUUCUUGGGAGAAAAUGUCUAAAUCAAAGCAUAAUGGCGUUGAUCCCCUUGAAUUAUUAGAUAAACAUGGGAUUGAUACAACCAGAUUGUUAAUAUUAGCUGAUGUAGCACCCACUUCAAAUAGAAACUGGAGUGAACAGACUAUUCCUGGAAUACUUAAUUGGCAAAGUCGAAUGUGGAAAAUCGUGCAAAGGUUUACAAGUUAUCGCAAUAGUAUAAGUUUAGAAGAACUUCAAGUAAAACCUACUGAUCCUAAGUAUGAAACUGAUGAUGCAUACAUGUUUGACAGUCGGAAUUUUUUCAUAAAAGGCGUAACACAUAACAUAACUGCAUCUCAACAUUUGAGUGUUGCAAUAUCAAGAAUGCAAGGGCUUACCAAUAGUCUCAAUAAGGUAUGUUUACAAUGUUCACAAAAAAGUCGUGAGUUUGAACGUGCAUUAGUAGUUCAAAUCAUAAUGCUUGCAAUAGUAGCACCACACUUUGCUUCGGAAUUAUGGGCAGCAUUUUGUUCAGUAAAACAUCAUCUUAUAAAUAAAGAUGAAGUAAGAUUGGAUAAGGACGUAAUGGAACAAAGUUGGCCAGAAAUCGAUAUGGACUACAAUAUGAAUUUAAUUUCUACUGUAAAUGACAAACCGUUAAAAAACUUCAAAAUACCCAAACAUAAACUAGAUAAAAUGUCUGUUGAAGAUGCCUUGAACAUAUUAACAAAUGAUCCAGAUGUUAUACGCCGUUUGAAGAAUAAACCAAUUGUUCAAACUAAAUUUCUUUCAAAGGUAGGCUAUGACACAAGAAUAAAUAUUGUUUUAGGUAAAGUAGACUGUACCAAUAAAGAAGUACUUGAAAAUAAGUGACAAAAUAAGUAAGAAUACAAAUAAAGAAAAAUAUUAAUUAUACUUUACCCAAUAUUAUAUUCUCCAGAAUAUCCAUUAUGUGGUAUAGUUUCUAGGAGUUUUAUAUAUUGAGAUGGUAACUGAUUUUCUUUUGCACCUGUUAAUAUUGUUUUUCUACAUUGUAACA